AUGAAGUGCCUGGUGUGUGUUCUGAUCAUCAACCUGUUGCUGACCUCCUUUCCCGUUUCGGUCCUGUCCCAGUCUUUGAGAAGUGGGGAAUCGGGAGUCAAGCUGUGCGGCCGCCAGUUCAUCCGAGCGAUCAUUUAUACCUGUGGGGGUUCUCGCUGGAAGAGGCUUCUGGAUGACCAGAACGAUCCUUUCCAGAUCUCAGCUGAUAAAGAUUACUCCAAGGAGAUGGACAGCAUGAGAAAUCUUCAAAGAAUCUUUGGCAGUGACGGAAACCAGGAAACCGAGCCAUCUUAUGCUGAUCAAGUGUUUGACGAGUACAACAACCAGUAUGACCAGGCACCAGGGGAUUUCAGUGAGUACAUUCGCCAGAUUGAUGGAGGCAGCAAUAAAGACCACGCUUUUGCAUCAACACUGGUGCAGCAUCUACCAUGGGCCAGAUCCAUCAGGAAGAAAAGGGAAGCAUCAACAGGAAUGUCAAGCAAAUGCUGCACUUACGGCUGCACCAAAAAAGAUAUCAGCAUACUCUGCUGA